GAAAUUCAGAAGUUCCCCUGCAAAUCACACCCUACAAACAGCAAGAUGAUGGUUGCGGUGUUGUAACGUCUCCACGUUGAGUCAGUAACAUAGGCAAAUCUGUGACCAAGGAGACUCCAGAGUGCCGCUUUAAUUAAGUGCACCUGAUUUCAUGAAGAACAUCUGUGUGACGCAACUCUCAUGAUCCACUUAUGGCCACAACACAAUUUUGAAGCGACGUGACCAGUCUAUUGUAGUUCGUCAGGAUGGGGCGGAAGGAUGCAGCCAUGCAGGACACCGAGAAAAGGCACUUCAGCAAUGUCAAGUAUCACCGUAUACAACGCACGGACGAUGGCUUCAUCGAUAUUCAGUUUCAGAAGACGUUGACCCGGAUACCAAAGAAGGCCAUAGCGCUGGCAACAUUUCUAUUUGUCAUGGGCUCUACAUUGAUUGUUAUGUCAUCGUUCAUCUUCACGGGCUUCAUCGACGACAAGUACUACGACAGCAGAUGGCCACUUCUUGUUCUGGGAUCCUUGAUGUUUAUUCCAGGGGUCUACCAUGUCCGAAUUGCUUAUUACGCUUACAAGAAGUACCCAGGGUACACGUACGAUGAUAUUCCAGAUUUUGAUUAGGUGCUUUCUGCUCUGUGGAUGCACAGUUUGUUUGUGUUUGCACUCAGCUGUGUUGAUGUGCAAUCGAAGCGAUGCGUGUGUGAAUUGUUGCGAUAUCUAGAC